UGCACUGCCAAGCAGCAGAAAGAUCACACUUGACACACAGGACACAUUGAGCGCCGCUCAUUUUCAAGUCAUGGCGGUGUUUGAUAUUUUCCUCCAGUCCUCCACUACUGUCUCCAUAUUGGGAGCUCUGGUGGUUCUUCUUCUCACCUAUCUUAUCUUCUUCAACACCCAGGAGCACAGGAAGGAACCUCCAGGACCGACACCACUUCCCAUUCUUGGUAACCUGCUGCAGCUGGACCUCAAGAGACCCUACCAAACCUUCCUGGAGCUUUCCAAGAAAUAUGGAUCAGUCUUUACUAUCUACAUGGGAACCCAAAAAGUGGUGGUGUUGGCCGGAUACAACACGGUGAAGGAGGCACUUGUCAACCAUGAUGAAGAGUUUGGGGAAAGAUCCCCACUGCUGAAUUUGGAUAGAUUAACUCAGGGACAUGGGGUUUUAUGGUCCAAUGGAAACACAUGGAAAGAACUGAGACGCUUCACAUUGACUAACCUAAGAGACUAUGGAAUGGGCAAGAAGGCGUGUGAGGACAAAAUCACUGAGGAAUGUCACCAGCUCAUGAAAGUGAUAGAGAAAUUCAAAGGCAAACCUUUUGAUACAACCCAACCAGUGAACUAUGCUGUCUCUAAUAUUAUCUCCUCCAUGGUUUAUGGAAGCAGAUUUGAGUAUAAUGAUCCUGAGUUCACAUCUAUGGUAGACAGAGUAAACAAAGGCAUUCAACUUGCAGGCUCUCCCUCAAUGCGGUUGUACAGCCUGUUCCCAUGGCUUGGCAAACUGAUUGCUAACAAGAAGGAACAGGAGCAGUUGUUUCUUGCCAAUAAGACACAGAACUUACAAUUGUUCAGUCGUUUGAAAGAAACCCUCAACCCACAGAUGUGCAGAGGCUUCGUGGAUGCCUUCUUGGUCCGCAAACAACAUCUGGAGUCCUCCACUACUGUCUCCAUAUUGGGAGCUCUGGUGGUUCUUCUUCUCACCUAUCUUAUCUUCUUCAACACCCAGGAGCACAGGAAGGAACCUCCAGGACCGACACCACUUCCCAUUCUUGGUAACCUGCUGCAGCUGGACAUCAAGAGACCCUACCAAACCUUCCUGGAGCUUUCCAAGAAAUAUGGAUCAGUCUUUACUGUCUACAUGGGAACCCAAAAAGUGGUGGUGCUGGCCGGAUACAAGACGGUGAAGGAGGCACUUGUCAACUAUGAUGAAGAGUUUGGGGAAAGAUCCCCACUGCGGAUUCUGGAUGAAUUAACUCAGGGACAUGGGGUUUUAUGGUCCAAUGGAAACACAUGGAAAGAACUGAGACGCUUCACAUUGACUAACCUAAGAGACUAUGGAAUGGGCAAGAAGACGUGUGAGGACAAAAUCACUGAGGAAUGUCACCAGCUCAUGAAAGUGAUAGAGAAAUUCAAAGGAGAACCUUUUGAUACAACCCAACCAGUGAACUAUGCUGUCUCUAAUAUUAUCUCCUCCAUGGUUUAUGGAAGCAGAUUUGAGUAUAAUGAUCCUGAGUUCACAUCUAUGGUAGACAGAGCAAACAAAAGCAUUCAACUUGCAGGCUCUCCCUCAAUGCAGUUGUACAACCUGUUCCCAUGGCUUGGCAAACUGAUUGCUAACAAGAAGGAACAGGAGCAGUUGUUUCUUGCCAAUAAGACACAGAACUUACAAUUGUUCAGUCGUUUGAAAGAAACCCUCAACCCACAGAUGUGCAGAGGCUUCGUGGAUGCCUUCCUGGUCCGCAAACAACAUCUGGAGGAAUCUCAAGGCACCGACAGUAUUUUCAACGAAAGAAACCUUAUGAUGACUGUUUUCAAUUUGUUCAAUGCUGGCACCGAAACAACUGCAACCACGCUCAGAUGGGCACUCUUACUUAUGGCAAAAUAUCCAAAAAUACAAGAAAAGGUCCACGAAGAACUGAGCAGGGUUAUAGGAGAUCGUCAGGCACGGGUUGAGGACAGAAAGAACCUGCCCUUCACUGACGCCGUCAUCCAUGAGACACAAAGAUUUGGCAACAUCGUCCCCGCGUCACUGCCCCACAGAACCAGCAAGGACGUUACCUUCCAGGGUUACUUCAUUAAGAAGGGCACCACAGUGUUCCCUCUUCUGACGUCAGUCCUGUACGAUGAGAGUCAGUGGGAGAAGCCACGCGCCUUCCAUCCCGCCCACUUCCUGGACAAAGACGGAAAGUUUGUCAAGCGAGACGCCUUCAUGCCAUUUUCUGCAGGUCGCCGAAUUUGUCUCGGAGAGAGUCUGGCCAAGAUGGAGCUCUUCCUUUUCUUCACCACCCUCCUGCAGCGCUUCCGUUUUACUCCUCCACCUGGAGUUUCUGAGGACGACCUGGAUCUGACUCCACGUGUCGGCUUCACUCUUGGCCCUUCAUCUCAUAAACUGUGUGCCAUUCCCUGUAUUUAAAAACUCAAAAAAAAGUAACACAUCAAAAUUAUCUUCAACAGAUGACACAGAUAACAAAAACUGAAGGGAUCUUUUUGCAUAUUUCUACCCUUUGGAGAGUGACACUAUGGAUUAAAUAUUGUUGCAAAAUGAUGAUGGAAUAUUUAUGUGUAAUGUAUUUGUUCAAAAACAAAAAAACACAGAAAGACAUGUGUUCAUCAUCAUUGUUGUAGAACAACCCCACAGCAGGAUACUGCCACCACCAUGCUUCCCAGUGUUGCAUUUCUAGCCAUGAACAGUGUUUGAUUUCUACCAAAUAAAGAUUCUAGUCCCAGCACCAAAAGAUUAAAUAUGAGCUUUGCCACUCUCUUUAACUGGUGAAGAACCAAUGCAGCUCUUUCAGGUUAAUCAUAGGUGUCUUGGUGACUAUUCUUGGUAGAUUUAUUCCUUCCAUGCCAAUUCUACUUUUCAAUAAUCUCCUGUCUAAAAUUCUUAGGUGGUCAUUAAAGUGACUGAGAAAUUCAAA